CCCCCGGGACUUGCCUCCUCCUGGCCACUGAGGAUCCUUGGAGGCGAAGACGGCCACGCGUGGGAUCUAAUUUUUUUUUUCUUCUUUCCUCCCCCUCUUGUAUUUUCUGCCUUUUUUUCCCCCGUCCCUAGAAGAGGACAAAGGAAAAGAAGAGACCUGGAGGAAGAGGAAGAAGACAGCAGCCCUGGAGUGUCUUUCUCGCUCUCUUCGGAAGAGUCAGAGAUGGAGCCUGAGGAAGAGAGAAUUCGUUACAGCCAAAGACUGCGUGGGACGAUGAGACGGCGCUAUGAAGAUGAUGGCAUCUCAGAUGAUGAAAUCGAAGGAAAGAGGACAUUUGACCUGGAGGAGAAACUUUCCACCAAUAAAUUCAACUCCACCUUUGUCGUCUUCAUGGAAGGCAAAGACUUCACAGUUGAAUACAUCCAGCGGGGUGGACUGAGAGAUCCUCUGAUUUUUAAGAACUCUGAAGGCCUUGGAAUAAAGAUGCCAGAUCCUGACUUCAGUGUGAAUGACGUGCGCCUCUAUGUAGGGAGCAGGCGGAUGGUGGAUGUCAUGGACGUAAACACGCAGAGGGACAUUGAGAUGUCCAUGGCACAGUGGGCACGCUACUAUGAGACCCCAGAGGAGGAACGGGAGAAACUGUACAAUGUCAUCAGCCUGGAGUUCAGCCACACCAGACUGGAAAACCUGGUGCAGAGACCUGCCACGGUGGAUUUGAUUGACUGGGUUGACAACAUGUGGCCAAGACACUUGAAAGAGAGUCAGACUGAGUCUACGAAUGCCAUUCUGGAGAUGCAGUAUCCCAAGGUGCAGAAGUACUGCUUGAUGAGCGUCAAGGGCUGCUAUACAGAUUUCCACGUGGACUUUGGGGGCACCUCUGUGUGGUACCACAUCCACAGAGGGGGAAAGAUCUUCUGGUUGAUCCCCCCUACACCCCAGAACCUGGAGCUUUAUGAGAAUUGGCUACUGUCUGGGAAACAGGGAGACAUCUUCCUUGGUGACCGAGUGUCAGAAUGUCAGCGUAUUGAGCUCAAGCAAGGCUAUACAUUCGUCAUCCCUUCAGGUUGGAUCCAUGCUGUGUACACCCCCACUGAUACUUUGGUUUUUGGAGGCAACUUCCUGCACAGCUUCAACAUCCCCAUGCAGCUGCGAAUCUACAGCAUUGAAGAUCGAACACGGGUCCCAAACAAGUUUCGCUACCCCUUCUACUAUGAGAUGUGCUGGUAUGUGCUGGAACGCUAUGUCUACUGUAUCACCAACCGCUCCCAUCUGACCAAGGACUUCCAGAAGGAGUCACUCAGCAUGGAUAUGGAGUUGAGCUCCUCAGAGUCAGGAAAUGUGGAUGAAGAGGAGGAUGCAGCUGAUAAAGAGCCACGACGCCCAGUCACUAGACGGUCGGUCCUCACAAGCCCUGUGGCCAAUGGUGCCAACCUAGACUAUGAUGAACUAAGCAAAGGCUGCAGGAGUCUGCCAGGCCUUAAGAGAACCCCAUCCACGGACUCCUCUGACUCUAGCCGGGCCCCCCAGAAUGGCCAGGCUUGGGACCCCCUUGCCAGCAGUCCACACAAGAGCAAGAAGGUGCACCUGACUCAAUUUGAGCUAGAAGGGCUGCGCUGCCUGAUGGACAAGCUGGAGUCUCUGCCCCUGCACAAGAAGUGUGUCCCCACGGGCAUAGAAGAUGAGGAUGCCCUCAUUGCUGAUGUCAAGGUAUGUAGCAACUGAGGCACCUCUGCUCAAUAGAGUCCUGUAUUCUGUUGCCAGUAGUUGUAAGUGUAUGAAAGCAAAUAAUGCCAGGAAGCACCUGGCUUGCUGCAGUGCUCGGGGUGAUGGGGAAGUGAGAGUCGUGCAAGAACUUCCCUUUACCAGUUUAUAGCUGAAAUCAUGAGGUCAGCAAUUGAUCUAAAGCAGCGCUUUUACACAUUUUUUUUUUUUAAACUGCCCCAUGCUAUGUUAUGUGAGGGUACUCUGUUUUGAUCUUUUGGGGGUGUUCUAGAAAUCUGACAUGAGCCCUGUGGGAUUAUUUGUUUCUAAAUGUGCUGUCCCCUGUCUUGGUAUUGCCUGCCUUUUAUAUGCUGGGAAUGAUAUGGUCCGUGUUCACAUUUUGAAAGGAAAACAUAACUACUCACAUUACCAAGUGAUGUGUAUAAAAGUGGUUAGCCGUGCUAGUUUGAAGUCAGACAGAAGGCAGUGCAGGCUGAUACCUUAGAGAAUCACUCGUUCAGAGGCAUGAACUUUCAUAGAUGACAGCCUAUUUCAUCAUGCUGUGGGCUUUGGAGUAAGAAAGGAUGUAAAAGAGAGGAAUUUAAAUACAGUGGAGAAGUACAGAGAAAGGGGGGCAUUGCUGAGAGAAACAAAGGCCUGGUUUAAAAGGUCAGUAAGGAUAAGGCAGUUAAUACAUUGAGUGAUACAGGAAUAAACUGUUAGAGCUAACAGCUGUCCCAGGUUAUGGGAUAAGAACCCAUAGUCUCUUGUUGAAACCAUGGUUAACACAAUCCAAUGAUGAUUGUGGUUGAUUUCUUGUUCUGCGGUUUCCUGUUCAAAGUGGCUUUGAAAGUUUUAUUGUAUAAGGACAGCUAUACUGAAGGUAGUGAUGG